CUCCCUCUGACGUCAUGACAGCAGCAUCAGCUGUUAGCUCUGCUUUAAGCCUUUUCGCUGCCGAUCGCUGACUGCACUGAGGAAAUAUAGGCCUAUGAGAUCCCCUCUUAUCCCUGAAAUGGCGACACAGGAGGUACAGCUGACCGAGACUCUGGCCCAUCUCAAAACGGAGUCGGAGACGCUGAAGACGAAGCUGGAGGAGGAGAGAGCGAAGCUGCACGAUGUCGAGCUACAUCAGGUGGCAGAAAAGGUGGAGGGGCUGGGUCAGUUUGUAAUGAAGACCCGGAGAACUCUGAAGGGACACGGCAACAAAGUUCUGUGUAUGGACUGGUGUAAGGACAAGAGGAGGAUCGUCAGCUCCUCACAGGAUGGAAAAGUGAUUGUAUGGGACGCUUUCACUACCAACAAGGAGCAUGCUGUGACAAUGCCGUGCACCUGGGUGAUGGCCUGCGCCUACGCCCCCUCCGGCUGUGCUGUAGCUUGUGGAGGCCUGGACAAUAAAUGCUCAGUGUAUCCUCUGUCUCUGGACAAGAAUGAGAACUUGGCUGCAAAGAAGAAGUCAGUGGCCAUGCACACAAACUACCUGUCUGCCUGUAGCUUCACCAACUCAGAUAUGCAGAUCCUGACGUCCAGCGGGGAUGGGACGUGUGCAUUAUGGGAUGUUGAGAGUGGGCAGCUGUUGCAGAGUUUCCAUGGACAUGCAGCAGACGUGCUCUGUCUGGACCUGGCCCCCUCCGAGACUGGAAACACGUUUGUUUCAGGGGGCUGUGAUAAGAAGGCCAAUGUGUGGGACAUGCGUUCAGGACAGUGUAUUCAGUCCUUUGAAACUCAUGAAUCAGACAUAAACAGUGUCCGAUACUAUCCCAGCGGAGAUGCAUUUGCAUCUGGAUCAGACGAUGCUACAUGCCGCCUGUACGACUUAAGGGCAGACAGAGAAGUGGCCAUUUAUUCCAAAGACAGCAUCAUAUUUGGGGUCUCCAGUGUUGAUUUCUCUCUCAGCGGACGGCUACUGUUCGGCGGCUACAACGACUACACCAUAAAUGUUUGGGAUGUUCUCAAAGGAACGCGGGUCUCUAUCCUGUUUGGACAUGAGAACCGUGUCAGUACGCUGCGAGUUUCCCCUGAUGGGACGGCUUUCAGCACAGGCUCCUGGGACCACACUCUCCGGAUCUGGGCUUAAGGAUGACACCACAGAGGAUUUAAUGGUAGACAGACUUACUGUUUGCUAGAGUACAAUCACAGACAUAGACACUCAGUUUUGGUUGUACAUAGGGCAUAUCAAUAGCAUUGUAUAUACUCCAGUUUCAUGGCCAGGGUAGAUUUACAUAUUCCAGACAACAAUUAAACCAAAUGGCACGCUUGUAUUACAUUAGGAUUGAGAGUAAAUUUCACAGAAGUACGUAUGGUUACAACUUAAGAUGUAAAAUGUAUAUUGCAGAAAACAACAUUAGUGAGCAUUCGUCUAGGAUAGAAGUGACACAAUAAAGUGAUGUAUUGUAUGUGCCCACAUAAAGGACAAUACUCGUUUGUUUAUUUGUUUUUGCACAUAAAAUAAUGGAGGAAUGCAGUCCGUGGAAGAAAAUGGGAUAUAAGGGAACAAAAUACAUCUCUAGGAGAAGCAGAAGGGUUUAUAUGAAGGUUAGACUCAGACUAGACUGAGAAAAGAGAGAUGGGAGUCAGGGGAUUUGUGGCAUCUCUAUAAAUGUUAGGGAUAGUGAAGAUGAUUAGAUUGGCUUGUAGAAAUGAAUCAAUAUUCGUUAGUCUGAAGCGAAUAAAAAAUAAUAUUGGAUACGAAGGAGCAUUGGAAUAAAAUAUUAUGAAAGAAGUACAAAAUUGUAGUUUUAUUAAAGUUUGUGUGCCCAACAAACCGUCUACAUUCUUCACAGUAACUCACCUGCCAAUAUUAUUCUAAUGUAAAGAAAGCACAUUUACAGAUAAAUAUAAAAUACAUGAUGUUGAUCUUUCAUCCCUAUGGUUUUUAAAUCAUGGUUUACUUCUGUUUGUUUCCAGCCGUGGAGGCCACUUACUGCUCCACGUGCUCACUGAGUUACUGCAGACACCCUGAACCUGUGGUACCCCGCUAGAUAUCUACAUAUAAAAAUGGUAAAAUCAUUAGAAUGUCCUCCUUUUCAUGCAGUUGUCCAAUAAUUAAGUAAUUUCAUAUUUACUGUAAUUAUUUUAUUGUAGUUUAGUGUACAGUUAUACAAGGGACUGUUUAUCAAAGUAUU